GUGUUGUGCUGCGCAUGCACUAAACACGGGAAAUGGCUUUAAAAGUUGUAAAAUAUUCUGCAGAUGUAGAUGCCACUGCUUGUUAACGUUUUUAAGAUGUAGAUGCCACUGGUUAUUCAUGUUUUGAAGAUGCAGAUGCCACUGGUUGUUCACGUUCUGUAGAUGUAGAUGCCACUGGUUCACGUUCUGUAGAUGUAGAUGCCACUGGUUCUUCAUGUUCUGUAGAAGUAGAUGCCACUGGUUCCUCAUGUUCUGUAGAUGUAGAUAUCACUGGUUCUCCAUGUUUUGUAGAUGUAGAUGCCACUGGUUCUUCACGUUCUGCAGAUGUAGAUGUCACUGGUUCUUCAUGUUCUGCAGAUGUAGAUACCACUGGUUCUUCACGUUCUGCAGAUGUAGAUGUCACUGGUUCUUCACGUUCUCCAGAUGUAGAUGCCACUGGUUUUUCACGUUCUGUAGAUGUAGAUGCCACUGGUUCCUCACGUUCUGCAGAUGUCGAUGUGACUGGUUCUUCACGUUCAGCAGAUGUAGAUGCCACUGGUUCUUCACGUUCUGCAGAUGUAGAUUCCACUGCUUCACGUUCUGCAGAUGUAGAUGCCACUGGUUCUUCAUGUUCUGCAGAUGUAGAUGCUAAUGGUUCUUCCCGUUCUGCAGAUGUAGAUGCCACUGGUUCUUCAUGUUCUGCAGAUGUAGAUGCCACUGCUUCUUUAUGUUCUGCAGAUGCCACUGGUUCUUCACAUUUUGCAUCACGGUCAGUGACGAGGGCAUGUCCGAGGCUCCGUCGUCCGAGGAGGGGCAGUCGCCCGUCGGGCGAGACGCUGGAGGGGACCCCGGCCGUGAGACGCUGUCCCUUGGAGGAGAUGUGCAGCGCGAGGAUGUUCAUGCCGCCGCCGAUGAGAUGGCAGCCUCUUUGCCGGUGGAGCCACGCGACGGGAAAGCGGGUCAAGAAAAGCCGAGGAAUGAGACGUGGCCACGGGUGAAAGUUAAGAGUGAAGACACCGAUGAUAGUCAGGAAGAAUCCGACAUUCGUUUGAAAGAAGAAGACUCUGAGUCCGAAGGAGAGGACCUAAGUAGUGAGGAUGAGGAUCUUGAAUCCGAUGAGCGAGACCUUCAUUCCAACGAGGGGGAUGAUGACGACCAUGAUGAGGAGGAAGCCUUCGAGGCCGGCGGUUCCAAAGGGAGGCUUCGGAGAGGGCCACGGAGCUCACGGAGAGACGGGGUGAUUUCGUCGGACGUGGCCGAGAUUGAGGUGGUCCUGGAGGACGACAGGAGUCGUAAGAAUUCACCGAUCGACCAGAAGGCCCGCGACGAGAAGAUGUCCCACCGGUGCUCCCUGUGCGGCAAGGGAUUCUCCUGCCUGUCGCGCCUCGAGAGCCACACAAUAACGCACACCGGAGAGCGGCCCCUCGAGUGCUCCGUGUGUGGGAAGGGUUUCCGAAAGCCGUCGGCCCUCAAGAGCCACGCGAUGAUCCACACGGGGGAGAAGCCGUAUCGGUGCUCGCUGUGCGAAAAGGGAUUCAUCCAGUCGUUUGCCCUCAAGAGGCACAUGAUGAAGCACACGGACGAGAGGCCGCACUGGUGCUCGGUGUGUGGGAAGACCUUCACGGACUUGUCGACGCUCAAAAGCCACCUUCUGAUCCACACGGGCGAGAAGCCGCACGAGUGCGCGACGUGCGGGAAGACCUUCGCGCGUAUCUCCAACCUCAGGAGCCACGCUAAGAUCCACACGGGCGUGAAGCCCCACCAGUGCCCCACGUGCGGCAAGGACUUCAUCGAGUCGAAGUCACUUAAGAAUCACAUGAUGGGCCACACGGGAGAAAAGCCGCACAUGUGCUCUGUGUGCGGGAAGACCUUCACGGACUCGUCGACGCUCAAGAGCCACUUUCUGAUCCACACGGGCGAGAAGCCGCACGAGUGCGCGACGUGCGGGAAGACCUUCGCGCGUAUCUCCAACCUCAGGAGCCACGCUAAGAUCCACACGGGCGUGAAGCCCCACCAGUGCCCCAUGUGCGGCAAGGACUUCAUCGAGUCGAAGUCACUUAAGAAUCACAUGAUGGGCCACACGGGAGAAAAGCCGCACUUGUGCUCGGUGUGCGGGAAGACCUUCACGGACUUGUCGACGCUCAAGAGCCACUUUCUGAUCCACACGGGCGAGAAGCCGCAUGAGUGCGCGACGUGCGGGAAGACCUUCGCGCGUAUCUCCAACCUCAGGAGCCACGCUAAGAUCCACACGGGCGUGAAGCCCCACCGGUGCCCCACGUGCGGCAAGGACUUCAUCGAGUCGAAGUCACUUAAGCAUCACAUGAUGGGCCACACGGGAGAGAAGCCGCACAAGUGCUCCAUAUGCGGGAAGGACUUCAAGCAGAUAUCCACACUCAACAUCCACAUGAAGACCCACACGUUCGAGAAGCCACACAAGUGCGACCUGUGCGCGAAGACCUUCACGCUUUUUUCGACCCUCAAGAGUCACAUGAGGACCCACUCGGACAGGAAGUCGCACAGGUGCGCCCUGUGCGAGAAGGAGUUCGUACACCUGUCGGCGCUGAAGAUCCACAUGAUGACCCACACGGGCGAGAAGCCGCACCAGUGCCCGAUCUGCGAGAAGAACUUCGUGAGCCUGUCGGCCCGCGACAAGCACACGAAGACGCACAACGUGUCGUCUCCUGCGGUAUCUCGCCUCUCUGCUGCUGCCCCCCCCCACACACUCACCCUCCCCCACACUCACCCCACCACCGCUCGGCGUGGGGGCAGAGCGAGGAGCCUCCUCUUCCUCCUCUGCGGAUGUAGAUGCCACUGGUUCUUCACGUUCUGCAUCACGGUCAGCGACGAGGGCAUGUCCGAGGCUCCGUCGUCCGAGGAGGGGCAGUCGCCCGUCGGGCGAGACGCUGGAGGGGACCCCGGCCGUGAGACGCCGUCCCUUGGAGGAGAUGCUCAGCGCGAGGAUGUUCAUGCCGCCGCCGAUGAGAUGGCAGCCUCUUUGCCGGUGGAGCCACGCGACGGGAAAGCGGGUCAAGAAAAGCCGAGGAAUGAGACGUGGCCACGGGUGAAAGUUAAGAGUGAAGACACCGAUGAUAGUCAGGAAGAAUCCGACAUUCGUUUGAAAGAAGAAGACUCUGAGUCCGAAGGAGAGGACCUUAGUAGUGAGGAUGAGGAUCUUAAAUCCGAUGAGCGAGACCUUCAUUCCAACGAGGGGGAUGAUGACGACCACGAUGAGGAGGAAGCCUUCGAGGCCGGCGGUUCCAAAGGGAGGCUUCGGAGAGGGCCACGGAGCUCACGGAGAGACGGGGUGAUUUCGUCGGACGUGGCCGAGAUUGAGGUGGUCCUGGAGGACGACAGCAGUCGUAGGAAUUCACCGAUCGACCAGAAGGCCCGCGACGAGAAGAUGUCCCACCGGUGCUCCCUGUGCGGCAAGGGAUUCUCCUGCUUGUCGCGCCUCAAGAGCCACACGAUGACGCACACCGGUGAGCGGCCCCUCGAGUGCUCCGUGUGUGGGAAGGGUUUCCGAAAGUCAUCAGCCCUCAAGAGCCACGCGAUGAUCCACACGGGGGAGAAGCCGUAUCGGUGCUCGCUGUGCGAAAAGGGAUUCAUUGAGUCGUUCGCCCUCAAGAGGCACAUGAUGAAGCACACGGACGAGAAGCCGUACAUGUGCUCGGUGUGCGGGAAGACCUUCACGGACUCGUCGACGCUCAAGAGCCACCUUCUGAUCCACACGGGCGAGAAGCCGCACGAGUGUGCGACGUGCGGGAAGACCUUCGCGCGUAUCUCCAACCUCAGGAGCCACGCUAAGAUCCACACGGGCGUGAAGCCCCACCAGUGCCCCACGUGCGGCAAAGACUUCAUCGAGUCGAAGUCACUUAAGAAUCACAUGAUGGGCCACACGGGAGAGAAGCCGCACAAGUGCUCCGUAUGCGGGAAGGACUUCAAGCAGAUAUCCACACUCAACAUCCACAUGAAGACCCACACGGGCGAGAAGCCACACAAGUGCGACCUGUGCGCGAAGACCUUCACGCAUUUUUCGACCCUCAAGAGUCACAUGAGGACCCACUCGGACAGGAAGUCGCACAGGUGCGCCCUGUGCGAGAAGGAGUUCGUACACCUGUCGGCGCUGAAGAUCCACAUGAUGACCCACACGGGCGAGAAGCCGCACCAGUGCCCGAUCUGCGAGAAGAGCUUCGUGAGCCUGUCGGCCCGCGACAAGCACACGAAGACGCACAACGUGCAGAAGCCGUACAAGUGCUUCGUGUGCGGGAGGAACUUUGCAGACCCUUCGAACCUCAACUUUCACAUCAAGUGUCUUAAUCACUACGAGUCUUGAAGCUGAGCGUGGGCCGUUUAACGUUCAGAGGCAUUGCUUUAAACUCCUUGGCUUGACGGCCACUGGACGCUUGGCUGCUAUCGCCCGUUGCUGACAUUGGGAAGCUGCAGAAGCACGUUUUUGGUUGAAUUCAUCAAUAAUCAGAUGUAAUCGUGUUCCCAUGCACAUUACCACCUAUUCAUCACACUCUGGUGUUUAUUUAUCAAAUAUACCUUUGAGUCAUCUGGGAAACCUGCUUGCAUCAAUGGAAUCCCAUUAUAGAGGUUUUUGGGGCAUAGCGCGUAAAUAUAAAUGUGUCGUUAAACCCGCCACCCCACCACACAGCCAAUUAAGUGAAGGGGUUUGUAACGUAAACAAAACGUGGCGCCAAUUAGUUACUAGUUCAGCACUAACCGGUUGCUGUGUGUUGGAGAGUAAACUCACUGCAACAUUUACAAUUCGAGUAGCCGUGAUGUAUCUCCAGUAAUUACAACAACAACCGGCAUCAUCGGGCGAUAGCAACAGAGUUGCGGAUAAAAUCCUCCUCCUGCUUCGCUCUUAAAUAGAGGGAUACAUGUGAUGUUAUCACUUGUUAGCCAAUCAGGUGCAAAGGCUAGAGGUGGUGUAGGGGGGGAAGUGGUUAACCCCGUAUCUAAUUGGCUGUGUCGGGUGGUGGCGGGUUUAACGACACAUUUAGGCGAUCUAAACCCAAAAACCUCCAUAAUGGAUAACAUUGAUUGCGAAAGCCUCCUGCUGCUACGUGUUAAAUGGAAUCCCAGUUACACUUUCAAGAGGCCGAAUUCUACCACGCAGGUCUGCUCCCUCACUUGACAGUGGUAGAUGCUUUCCCACCAAAAAAAAAAUUCCAACAUGGCGCGCGAAAGCAAAAUCGCGGUGGUGUGGAGCGGGCGGGCACACGGUAGCCCAACCCACAAUGCACCGCGGACAAUGCGCAGCACGAAUGGCAAAGAGUCAGGAACUUUUAAAUCAGCAGGGAAGGAGGAACCGUCAACUGCAUUGUGGUUGAAUUGUUACGUAUGCUUGUAUGUGUGUGUACGUUGAACUUCUUUCGCACACCACCGUACGUAGCUAACCGGAGGUGCGGCGGUGGAGGUCUUUUCUGCUUGAACCGAGUGCGGGUGAAAGGGAAGCGGUACAGGAAACCCUCGCCCACCACGGCGGGGGUGCUACGUUUUAUUAUUUUAUUAAGUACAAAAAUCUAAAUUGUUCGUUAAAUGUAGAGAAUUAAAGAAAUAAAUACUGUACACAUGGUAUCCGUGUACAAUACUGUACACGUGGUAUCCGCACACAGUACACACCACUGGAGACGAGACAGGGGGAGACGAGAUGGGGCGAGAAGAGACGGCGCCAUGUUUGUUCCGCAGCAGCGUUGUCACCGCGAGCAGUGCAGUCACGACGCUGUCCAGCAGGAAUCUCGCGGUCGAAACCGCGAGAUUUGUCGAGCCGCGCCACGAGCGGGAAGGGAGCGCCGUGUCUGAACCCACGAGAGCGUGAGAGUUUGGUGUUCGGUGAGUUUCGAGGCGCUUCGUGCCGUGUUGAGGAUGGUAGUCUGGAUAGCAGCAUUUACUGGCUAGGAACAGUUGCGCCGUAAGACACGGAUACGUGAACAAAGCCGGUCAUGCGAUGGACGAGAGUGGGAAUUUGGUGGUUCAGUACUAAACUAUUCAUGCAGUGCUCACCAAGCCAUUAAAACAAUGUUAAAUUAGUUUAGUUGCUUUGUAUGUAUGUUGAACUUCUUUUGCACCGUGCGUAGCCAACCGCGAUAAUCAGAGGUAAGGGGGGGGGGGGGGGCAACAACCUAAACACAACAACAAGCAGUUCUAAACAAAUUAGUUUGUCAAUCUAGAUGAUUCAAAAGUGCGUAGUUUGGCUCCAGUGGCUUCCUAAUAUCGGAAGAGCGUUCCAGACGGCCGCAUAAGCAGCGCAUCUGAAAGCGCCACGCGAUGCGUCGACCGCCGUCUUCGUUCGAUGGCCGCCCAAAAGCCGCUGCCGAUUCUGCUCAUGCGAGCAUGACUGGAGUUUGCGUGGUUUUUUUGCUCACUGAUCAAAUAAACGCGCAUUGCCCCGAAUCGCGGGUUGGCGAA